AUUGCAAUCCCUUUGUCCGAUCAUUAUCGUUUUUUUUUUUUUUUUAGAGAGGCUUACUACUUCAAAGUGACGAGCGGGCGAAGCAGACCUACGACGACGCUGAGGAUAUCCUAGCCUCAUGACUUGUCUCUGUCGGGUUGGUGAUGCAAUAUUGACUGCAGUGCUUCCACUGGAGCUCGACCUCGUUCUGCUAGGGUACAAUGAUGGCUACAUUCGACAAGCCUCUUGUUCCGCUCUUGCCUUGCGCUGUUGCGAACCCGUGUCGGACUCACCUCCUUCGUCGGCAUUACCAGAAGCUGGUCACCAGGACGAGAAGCCUUUCUUUGUUGCGUCUUCCAAAUAUUCUAUAGCAGCCUCCAUUCAAUCAUUGCAUUUCAUUCGCAACGAACGAACUGGGAACGCAUUUAUCAUAGGUGGAUCAGAUGAUGGUGGUGUAGCUAUAUGGUCGCUACGGGAUCUGAAACUACUUAUGCGUUUCAUACACUUCGUGGAACCCCUCUCCCAUGUAGCUCAAAUCCGGCCACAACAUGAAACCGCGAAUCCCUUCGGUGGUUAUGUAUUAUGUUUCUCCUCUGAUGGGACGAUAGCCGUAAUUACACUUAACGAGUUCCAGCUUUUGUGUCUCAUCCCAGGCUCGGCUUCCGCGCUUACGCAUGUUUACUAUGCUGGCGGAGCUGAUCACGAACAGAUUAUGGCCAUCUAUGGGGAUGGGUCUGCCAGAUUAUGGGACUUCAAGGUUCGGGAAUUCCGCCGUGCAAUGGAUCGCGAGAAGGCCAAGGAGUCUCUUGCUAAAUCCUCCUGGGAUGAAUUUAUCCUUGAUAAUCAAACGUCACAGCUAUCGGCUUCCCUCCCGACAACUUUGAACGAAUUGGGGGGACCAGUGUGUGCCACGUCCCUUGCUCUUCAGCGGUUUGUGGUUUUUACUGCCAAGGAUACGACGGCACUCGACAACGCCUCAUCUUACAUUCCGAAACGUUCACUUCGGGCGACACCCCUUCCCCAACUUCGUGCUCUUUUAUCCCUGCUGCUGACACCAACAUUAAGUCCGGAGAUAGAUGAGAUAUGCACUAGCAAACUAGGUGUUCUAGCAUCCCGUGGGCGCCUGGGUCGUGCUUGCAGUCGAUUGGCCUCCGCGUGCUGCCGCUCGGACUCGAGGAAUGCUUGGUCCAUAUCUGGCGAUGCCUCUGCGUUGCGGGCGGCCGCGAUCGUAGCCGUUCUAAAGGCGUUGUCAUCUUAUGAAGCUCUGCACGACGAUUGCGAGACUGUGAUCAUAUUCUACGCUACGUCACUCCCAACUGUGAUAGGGCAACACUAUAUACCUCCAGAUCUUGUAUGGUUGGCAAGAAAGUGGUUUGAAACAACGAAUGACGUACGCCAGGCGACGAAGAUCCUCGUUGAUGCUGGAGUAGUAAGGUUGGGCGGCGAGGAAAGUGUCGGUCUGGUUGGAGCUUGGAAGCGGCAUCUUCCAAGCACCGAGAGAUCCCUUGAUCACUCCAAGGUAUCUUCGUUGGCCGUCUUCCUAUGUGGAUACGUAUCGGUCGAGAAACACGCUCUUUUGUCUGAUGACACUUUAGCCGACAUUUCCAAGUCGGUCGCCUCAUAUUUACAUAAGGAAGACUUGACCAGCCGUUUGUUAGCAGUUGACUUAUGCACCCGAGGCUUUCAAGUCUGGCAGCGUUAUGUGGAUGCGAUGGCUAUCCUGCGUGCUUUGUUCACUCUCGCUAUGAAUUCUCGCAAAGAUAAUGUCUCAGUGCAGAAUGUCGGUCAACAGGCGAGACAGGCCAUCUUCCAGAUUGCGUCGACAAACACUCCACUGUUCAUGACGACUCUCACCCUCGACAUACUCAGCCCGAAGAAUCUCGAAUACCGUAAAAUUGUGAUGCAGUUAGUGGCGCUGCUCACCCGGAAGAAACCUUUGCUACUGUAUUCAAAUCUUCCCCGCUUGAUGGAAGCAGUAGUGAAGUCCUUAGACCCCAAUUCAACUUCGAAUCGCGACGCAGUUCAUGACACAGCUACAGAAAUCAUCGGCUAUGUCGUGAAAACAUUCCCGACGGUUGAUUUCCACAUGGCCACCCAACGUCUCGCGGUUGGGACGUGCGAAGGUGCCUUCGUCAUGUAUGACCUCAAAACUGCGACUCAAUUGUACGUUCUGGAGGGCCACAAAAAGCAGCCAACGGCGUGCUCAUUCUCACCGGAUGGCCGCCGGCUCGUCACAGUUUCACUGGAAGAAGGCACUGUACUUGUGUGGAAAGUGGGUUCGAGUUUCACAAGCUUUUUCCACCCUGGCGCGCCCCCUCGUCAGGGAAAUGCCGGAUCACAGCCGUACAAGACACUAGGGUUCAAUAUUGGUGAAGAUGCAAACAUAUCCGUUGCAGAUGCUUUUGAAUGUGUAAAUUUUGAGUGGCCGUCGGAGCGCAGUGUGCGCUUACAUAUCCGAGAAAAUACGUUGACCUUUAGUACAUAAUUUAUAUCUCCCCCACGUCUGAAGACCGACUACGGUGACGAGUCGUGAUAGGCCAUUGUACGGAUGGCGCUCAUUCAUGCGUCCAAGUCGCAUGCAUAUGGACGCAGAGCACACCACUGUGGUUGGAGUUGUAUAGCGUUGAUACCUCGUUGGACCAUUCUGUAUCGAAUGUCCUAUUUACGCGGAAGUGCCUCUGAG